GGUUUAUGAGGUCGGUCAUCACUGCGUUUGUGAAGAAAUUGCAAGCUUAAAUGGCUGGCUGACUUGGGACUUUAUCCUGGAAUUGGGUAACAUAUCGGGACGAUUUGAGACGUCGAUCUUUGGACAAGACCUACAUAACCUUAUGCGAUGCAACAUAUAAAAGGAUCUGGUUCCUUGAAAUAAGCACUAACCCCGCACCGGCAGAUGGUACAUGUUGUAUCCCAGGACCUUACCACGGGCAAGCUGUAAAGCCCACGAUUUGUCAAUCCAAUGCCGACUUGCAUCAGAGGAUGAAGUUCCGUUGUCAGAACUCUUUUCUGGGUAGCCGUCACCACCUUACUCAUUAUUCUAUUGCAUGGUAUCUUCAAGGUGUGUGUUAACAGACAAAGUCUGUACGACACACACUGUGUGUUUGGUCGAGCUGACUCGGCCCGAUGAUCUACCAAAGGAAACUACAAACCAUCCACGACCAAUGUGGGGGAUCAUAUGUGAACGUGUGCUACAUUGAACAUCGAUAGCAUCAAUGUUAUAAAGGUGGUGGAUUUCUCUCCAGUUUUGAUCUGCAUACUUCUCUCAACAAGCAAGGAUAAUCUCCACAAGAUGCGUCUCAUAUUUUUGUACAUCGGGAUGUGCGUAUCAGUCACCGUUGCACAAGUCUGUAAUGGUUAUGCCGAGCUCUGUGAUCGUAAAUGGUCAGAAAUAUCCCAAAUAGGGACACACGAUAGCGCGUUCGUGGGAGAUUUACCAGCACAAAACCAGAAUCUCGAUGUCACAGCUCAACUAGAUGCCGGUGUUCGAUUUCUUCAAGCCCAGACGCAUUACUUUCUCAAUACCUUGACGCUGUGUCAUACUUCAUGCUUCUUGCUAGAUGCUGGGCCAGCUGUCCAUUAUCUAGCGGAUAUCAAGAAAUGGCUUGAUGCGAAUCCGAAUGAAGUUGUAACCUUACUACUUACGAAUGGAGAUUAUAUUCCUGUCGGAAAUUUCAGUGCAGCGAUGGAAGUUUCUGGUCUGGCAAAAUAUGCAUAUACACCACCGCAUCAGUUAGCCAUAAAUGAAUGGCCCACACUUCAGGAAAUGAUCACGGCUGGAGAUAGACUUGUUAUGUUCCUCGACUACGAUGCAGAUACGAAUGUAGCUCCAUAUGUUCUACCCGAGUUUUCUUACUUCUUUGAAACUGCGUAUGAUGUAACGACUCCUACAUUCCCAACAUGUACACUCGAUCGUCCGCCAGGAUCGAAUGGAGAUGGACUUUUGCCGCUGAUAAACCAUUACUUGGAUAUUGACGUCUUCGGUAUUCUUAUGCCAAAUAGACUAGAGGCUAAAAAAACGAAUGCGGCAACUGGCGUAGGCAGUAUCGGAGCCCAAGCCGAUCUCUGUACCUCAACUUGGGGCCGAGUACCACGAGUAAUGCUCCUGGAUUUUUUCGACGUUGGCAAUGCAUUAGAAGCACAAAACACAUUGAAUGGCUUGUAAGAAGGAAUUUUAAAUGCAUCUCAUGUUUAUUAAAAGUAGUAUAGGAACGAGAGCCAGAAUCAUGAGUCUCAGUCGUUGAAAUACUGCCAUGCUUCUUGAUCAUAUGACUAAAACGUGCAGGCAAACAUGUUAUUAACUCGCUCCGUAUAGGCCAGCAAAAAAUUCCGCCGGUUCGAACUACAUACUUCCUUCUAAGUAUACGGUACUUUCCCUCGCUAUCGGCGCGAUCUCAUUCUUAUGUUGAUGGCACUUUUAUUUUUGUUGGAGUUUCGAGGAUUGCAUUGCCGGUCGAUCGAGGAACGAUUGAAAGUCUUUGGGCUAGAGCAAGGGGGGUCAUAGAAGGAGCGUUGGAGUUGAGGUUCGCUUUAUUUCUAAGUCGACAUAUUACGAGUUUUUGAAGAGAGUGGUUAUCAGUCCAGAAUUUUGGCAGCGCAGGUUAGAUUCAGACAUCUGUUUUGUACACUUUACGACUAUCAUUGUUUGGAUAUCCAGGGACAUAGAAGGUUAGAAUAAGCGUCAAGUUUUAGAUGCCGCAAUUGAUACCAUUGUAGAUAAUUUAGUUGAACUUGAAUAUAUACCAUCAUCUCCA